GACGUGUUUUAGCGUGUUCCUGCGCAGCAGAGAGGCCUAGCCUAGCGAUACGCACAGAUCCACUUCGAAGGCAUCCAUUCCGAAGUUCGGUCACAGUGUCUUCCUCCACCCGCAAGUGUCGAUAUGAUAAGGUAGCUGCUAUAAAGGGCGUCAGAAGAAUAGGCAACGACCACUCGCAUCCUCCACAAGCCCAUGUGAGAGACACAAUGACGAGUCAAGAAGAGAGACAACCGCUGUUGGGCGAGCGAGGGGCGGCUGGCAAGAGCAGAUGGGCUCAAGCUGUCGACUCGCUACAAGCCGAAUGGCCGCUGAUCAGGACCCUGCUGGUCGCGACGACCUUCUUCUUGUUCUAUUACGGCAAACAGGGCUUCGAAAUGACGGCAACGAGGGAUCUCGCCUGUGCAGCUUACUAUGGUCUUCACCCAGACGAGGUCCAGACGAUCACCUUUGAAGGGGGGAACACGAAGGCCUGCUCGCCGUCGUCGGUCGAAUCGUUCACGGCCCAAGUUACGUUCGUUGCCGACAUCUUGAGCACCGGCAUUGGAUCGAUGGCUGUGAUCUUUUACGGUUCGAAGCUGUCCAAGUGGGGUAGACGGCCCGUCCUGAUGAUCGGUAUCCUCUCCGAGACACUUAUCAGCUUCGCCCUUGCAAUGCUGCCCAAGUUCUAUCCCUUUGGGCCGACGGCGCAAACGGCGUCGGGAUCCUGGCGUCUCGGACCCCUUCUCUCGCUCGCAACGCUCUUCGCAAUGACCGUCUUUUACGCAAUGCUCGGGACAGAGCUCGUCGUCAUCUCUGCGAUCCGCGUUCUCGUCACCGACGUCUCGUCCGCUGCGGUCCGAACGCGAAACUACCUCUUUCUUACCAUCAGCAUCCUUGUGGGCUUGACUUUUGGUCCCCUUCUCUUGAGUCUGUGCGCCGAGCUGUAUCCCAUCAGUCGUACUGGCUUUCUGGCCAGCCUCGACUGGCGCAGACAUGGGCCUGAGACACCACGUCAACCGCCUUACAGCCCACGGCCGCCGACCGAUCAGGUCCCAGCUCCUGUGCUGACAGAGCACAGCAACGUCACUGCACUCCUGGUUGCCACCGCCGGCAUGAUGGCAACGAUUAUAACCGUCGCUUUUUUGCUUCCCGAAACAGCCCCUCGGAAUGCUGAAGCGCUAUCGGACGACAACGACCAAAAGAGGAAGCCAUCGGACAUUUCCACACUUUCCAUCAUCCUUCCGCGCCGUCGCCCGUCUGACGGCUUGCUCGAUUGGCGCAUCACGCGCGUCGCCUUGACGGAGGCACUUGCCAACACAAGCAUCGUCGGCCUUUCCACCCUGGCCCAGUAUGGAAGCUACCGUCUUGGAUGGACAGGCGAGAACAUCAGUCUCCUCGUCUCCAUCGUGGGCGUCGGCCGCGGAUUGGCGCUGGCCAUCGUCGUUCCCGCGAUCUUCUAUGUGCUGGAGCGUUACACAAGGAAGCCGGCUGGGCUGAGGCAUUUGACGAACGGCGAGAUUAAGAGGAUCGCCAACAGCACGCCAGCAGAAACCGCGCCCGAAGGAGAUGACGACGAAGACGCAGACGAGCUGCACCACCUCAAAGGCCUCGUCUCGCUCUGGAAAGCCCGUGUUGACCUUGCUCUAGCCAAGUUCUCUUACCUCCUGGACAGCCUUGUGUGGCUCUUCAUCUCGCUUGCGACGAGUCAAUUCCUCUCGACCACGGCCUUGUAUACUGGCAUCUUUCUGCUACAGAUGGGCGCAGGCGCGCAGGCGGCACUCCAUUCUGUGGGUGUCACAGUCACUGUCGAUGCUCUCGGUUACACCACCCCCCUUCUUUCUUCUUCCUCUUCCUCCGACUCGGCUGCCAGCGUGCCAGAUCCAUUGCCAGGACAAGAUCUCAACGCGACGGCAGGAGGAGAGGCUGAACGCGAAGAAGCGUUCCACAAGCGCGCCACCGCAGCCUUCUUCGCCCUCAUCUCCCUCGUCGAUGGUCUGACAAUGACGCUGUCCAAGAUCCUCACGACGGCAGUCUAUGUAGAGACGCUUGACUCGGUACCCUGGCUUCCCUUUUUCCUCUUUGCCAUCUUUCAGGCCGCUGCGUUGCUAUGUGUCAGUACCAUCCAGGUCCAUAGAUGACCGGCCCGCACUCUGACG